AUGGCACACCAGGGACACUGGAAUCGCACGAGGCCGGCGCCGACGACGGUGAUGCCCGACUUGCCCGACGCGGAGCACUGGCGCACCACGCUGUCGGCCGUCUCGCUGACGUUUGGUAUUCUCGCUUCAGCCGUCUUUGUGCUCCGCGUGUGCGUCGCGCGGUGCUCGUCGUGCAAGAUUCGGGCCGAGGAUGUUAUCAUGGGCGUCGGCGUCGUGCUGAUGUGGGGGACCAUUGCCUCUGUGCUGCUGAAGGCGUAUAAUGGUAUGGGCAUCCCUGCGCGGCAAAUACCUCGCGCGCAAAGACAUUUACUGAAUUUGGGCUCGUUCCUGAUACCCAAAUUCUGGGCGGGCUCGACCGCGUGCUGCAAGGUCGCCAUCAUCCUCUUUCUGCAGCGCGUCGUCGGGUUCAAGCGCUCGGUUCACACGGCCCUCAUCGUCGUCGCCGUCAUCUCGGUGCUGUGGGCGCUGGGCGUCAUCUUCUUCACCACGUUUGCGUGCACGCCCGUCUCCUUCUACUGGAACAAGUCGGGCCGCGACGGCCACUGCAUGUCGCGGCACCGCUACAAGAAUGGCAAUAUUGUGUUUGGCGUGCUCGGCAUGGUGACGGACUUCGUGGUCCUCGUCAUCCCCAUGCCGACGCUGUGGAAGUCGCAGAUGCGUAGGAAGCAAAAGAUUGCUAUGACGGGCGUGUUGGGCAUUGGUCUAGUCGUCUGUAUAUUCAGCUUGUUGAGGACUAUUCAGUUCUUCUAUCUCGAUUUGGAUAAGAUCUCAAGUAAGUCCAUUGAUCUUGUUAUCCAUGACACCUUGACGGCCGCUGACAACGUCCCAACAGCUUCGAGCGGACUGGAGAGUAUAUGGACCGUGCUCGAGAACGAGUUUGCCGUCAUCUGUGGUUGCGCGCCACAGCUUGCACCGUUGUUUCAGAGCUUGCGCCCUAGGAAGGCAAAGACGUCGGGCUACGCCGGGAUGUAUGAUACGUCAGUACUCGGCAAGCACACCAAGAUGAGCGUCAUCCGCACCACAGUCAGCGGGACGACCGGCGGCGACGUAAUGCCGGGUCUGCGGACGGUACCGAGAGACGGCAGAAGCUCGUCUGAGAUUGAGCUUAAGGGCAUUGAAGUCCGCACGGCGAUUAAUCAAGAGAUUUCGGCGAGUGGAGACGCGCAUCAUGAUCCAGGGCGUUUGUCCAGGAGGGAGGAUAGUGGAAGUUAUACCCGCAUCUAG